ACUUAUUUUUAAAAUAUGGAUAAAUACAAGUUAAGAAGUGAGAAAAGCAAAUUGGAGAGAGAGAAGAGAGAGAGAGAUAUGAUGAUUGAAGGAGCAAGAGUAAUAGCAGCAAUGGUUGGAAUUCAAUUCCUGGAUGUAGGUGGUGACACACUGAUGAAAUCAGCAACUAAAGAUGGAAUGAGUAUUUUCAUUUUCACCGUUUACUCAAACCUUUUUGCUCUAUGCUUUCUUCUACCAUCUUCACUUUUCUACCAUAGAAAAAGAGCUCCUCCUCCUAUUUCAACAUCAAUUUUCUGCAGAAUAUUUCUUCUUAGUUGCAUCCAAACUUCAGUGCAGAUUUUAAUGAAUACUGGAAUUGGAUAUAGCUCUCCCACUUUGGCAUCGACUAUGGUUGAUCUUGUCCCUGCUUUUACCUUCAUACUUGCUUUGAUUUCAAGGAUGGAAAUUCUAAAUUUGAAACAGCAUAGUAGUCAGAUAAAAGUUAUAUGUACAAUGGUCUGCAUUGCAGGGGCAUUAACUGUGACAUUAUAUAAAGGGAUGCCAUUGAUUAGUAAUGCCUUUCCAAAUAUAGAAAUGGGAGGUCGUGGAAUUAACAUCUCAGAAAAAUCAAAUUGGAUAACUGGGGCUAUUCUUCUUGCAACCGCUAGCUUUUGCCUUUCAGUUUUACAUAUAGUUCAGACUUGGAUUAUCAAGGAAUAUCAAGAAGAGCUAGUGGUAACAACUAUUUGCUGCAUUUUUGUGGUAAUCCUAUCUUCCUUUGUAGCUCUCAUUUCAGAGGGUAUUUCAAAAGCUUGGAUACUUAGACCUGAUAAGGAGUUUGUAUCUAUAUGUUUCUCAGCAAUAUUUGUUGUGUCAACGAGGAAUGUUGUAACUAUAUGGGCAUGUCGUAAGAAAGGACCAAUAUAUGUAGCUAUAUUCAAACCUUUAAGAGUUGUCAUUGCACUUGGCAUGGGAGUAAUAUUCUUGGGAGAUAAUCUUUAUCUUGGAAGCAUGAUUGGAGCUGCUAUUAUAAUUACUGGAUUUUAUGGUGUAAUAUGGGCACAGGGUCAAGAGAAACUCAUGACAAGUGAAAAUAACAUUCUCCCAUCUUCUUCAACGCCUCUUUUGUCAAACAAAAGCAUGAAGAUAAGAUUACAUAUAAUUCAUUAAAUAUGUAUUCACGUAUUAUAGUACAUGAGUUUGUUAUAAAUAGAGAACUCAUGUUGUAGUUUUUUAAUCAUCAUAUAAUCAUCCAAGAGUUAGAAUUAAUUGUGUUUCUUCUCAUUCCUAUACUCUUCUCUUAUAUGUAGCUGUGUUAUUAUUAUUUCAUAUUAUUCUGGUACCCAGCAGUGGUAUCAGAUCAUUUGGUGUUGGUCCAUAUUCUGCUGCAAAUAUUGUUCACGAUUACUAUUCAUACGUGUUAUUGUAUACUUUUACAGUGAUUGUUAACGUAUACCAGAUUUGUUCAGGUGUGCGGUAAAAUAUAUACAAUAUUGU